AAUUACUAUUUAACGUGAUGUAGUUCUUAUAUCGUCUACUAGUCGUGAAAUCAUCUACGUGUUUCGAAGAAUACAGUGCUUUGUUAAAGUUAAUGUAAAAUGGAAACGUUAGAAAUCGACAAUGAACAAACUCAUUCCAUAAAAUUACCAAGUGCGGUUGAAGUGUUCGCAAACUUAAAAAAUGCUCAAAAAUUUGCCAUUGAUAUUGGCUUAUCUUUGACAAAAAUAGCUUACUAUUCAACAAUUAGUUACCGUAAAGCAUUAUAUGAGGAUGCAGGCUUAGGAAAUAGUGGAGAACGUGCAUACAAAGUACACGAAGGCAAUAGACUUCACUUUGUUAAGUUUGAAACAAGAUACAUUGAAAAUUGUUUGGAUUUUGUGAAAGAGAAUUUAGUAAAUGUUGAAAGAUUUCAUGGUAAAAACAUUAAAGUGACAGGUGGAGGAGCAUAUAAAUAUAAUUCUUUGCUACAAGAAAAAUUAGGUUUAAUAGUUGAUAAAGAAGAUGAAAUUGCAUGUCUAAUAAAAGGUUGUAAUUUUUUACUUAAAAAUAUAUCAUGUGAAGCAUUUGAAUUUGAAAGACAUGGAAAUCCUGAAUAUAAAUUUCAAAAAGCUGGUCCUAAUAUAUUUCCAUAUAUGUUAGUGAACAUUGGCAGUGGUGUCAGUAUUCUUAAAGUUGAAUCUGAUAGUGUAUUUGAAAGAGUUGGUGGUACAGCUACAGGUGGGGGAACAUUUUGGGGAUUAGGUUCUUUACUUACGAAAAGAAAGGGCUUUGAUGAAUUACUGCAACUUGCAGAAAGAGGAGAUCAUCGUAAUGUUGAUAUGUUAGUAAAAGAUAUUUAUGGAGGUGAUUAUUCCUCACAAGGUUUACCUGGAGACCUUAUUGCAGCUUCUUUUGGCAAGGCUACUUCUUGUAAUAAUGAAGGGCAACCAAAAUUUUCUGAGGCAGAUCUUGUUAGAAGUCUUCUGCUUACUGUAAGCAAUGAUAUUGGACAAAUAGCAAGUUUGUAUGCAACUGUGCAUGAUAUAAAUAAAGUUUACUUUGGUGGUUAUUUUCUUCGUAACCACCCUUUAUCAAUGCAUACUAUUUCAUAUUCCGUCAAAUAUUGGUCUCAUGGUAAAGUAAAGCCUCUUUUCCUUCGUCAUGAAGGUUAUCUUGGUGCAAUUGGAGCAUUUUUGUAUGGUGCUGAACAAUCUGAUGAAUAUAAUUGGUUAGAAAAUUAUGCAGGGUCUUCAGGCUUUAAAGAUUCAAUAUCUACUGAUCUUGGAAUUAAAGUAGAUCAAUUAGAAAUUGAUCAAGCAGAAACUGCUGUUACAUUUUGCCCACUUUUGAAAGACCCUGCAUCUUACAAUCCUGAUACAACUGAUCUUGCAGAGGACAAAGAAGCUAGAGAUUAUUGGCUUCAAUGUUUUGAAGAAUCUGUGGAUAAAUUUGUGGCUAGAGCUAUUCACAGUCAGCCACAUAGUCCAACCGCAAAACAUAGAGCGACGAAAUUAAAGGAAAAAUAUAUUAAUAGGCUGCAUUAUCUACAUCUUCAACCAUUUGCCUAUGGGACACUUACAGUGAGAGUAUUAUUGGAUACUAUUGAACAUUGUAUGAAGGAGUUUGAUUUCCCUGAUCCCUACUUACAUCAAAAGAAAAAAGAGAAUGAAGAAGCUUUAAAACAUCUGAAAAAUCGGCUAAUGGUUAUCGAUAAAUUGGAAGAAACGGAAAAAAUAAAAGCUUUAAUAUUGGGAGUUUUGAGUGGUAAUAUGUUCGACUGGGGUGCACAAGCUGUUGCGACUUUAAUGGAAACAACAGAUUUUGGUUUUGCUGAAGCACAAUCAAAAAUACCGGGUAGGCCUUGGUUACAAGAUGAUUUAGAGGAUUGGAUAGAGCGAUUAAAAACUGGUGUACCUCAUAAAUGUGCUGCUAUUUUCGUUGACAAUAGCGGUGUUGACAUAGUAUUGGGAAUUUUACCAUUUGCUCGUGAUUUAUUGUUACGCGGAACAAAAGUUAUUCUAUGCGCUAAUUCUAUGCCAGCAUUAAAUGAUGUCACGUAUCCGGAGUUGGUUGUAACAUUACGGGAUGCGGCAAAAAUAUGUAAAGUUAUUAGACAUGCUCUAAAAGAAAAUCGUUUGAUUGCUAUGGAGACAGCACAAGCUGGCCCCUGCCUUGAUUUAAGCCGACUGAGUUUAGACUUAUGUCUCGCAAUGGUGGAACAUAAUGUCGAUCUUAUAGUAUUAGAGGGAAUGGGUAGAACACUUCACACGAAUCUUCAUGCAAAAAUGACUUGUGAAUGUUUAAAAUUAGCAGUUGUCAAAAAUCGAUGGUUAGCUCUUCGAUUAGGCGGUGAUAUUUAUUCUGUAAUUUGUAAAUAUGAACGGCCACAAGCAAAAAGAAAAAUUUAUGACAUAGAAAUAAAAAUGAAAGAAGAAUGCCCAUCAGAGUGUGUGGAGAAUGUAACAAAUGAUUGCACGUGCGAUAUGAAGAAAUAAGAAUAAAAUCGAGUUAAAAAAUCCUACACUAAAGUAUUUCGUUAUUUAUAUUUAGGUAUGUAUAUAAAAAAGAGC